AUGAGCAUCACUUUUCAUAAUUUAUGGCUACUUUUGACAGUGUUAUGCACUGCAGGUAUUCGUGCUGACCCAAGUAAGGAGGAGUGUCCGGAUUUGGGAGGUUAUCCAUCAGCUGACGACGUACUUGUAUUGUGUUAUUUGGCGGAACAACUUCGAGGGUUACCGGAUACAAUAAGUUCUGCUCUUGUUAAUGCCGCUGCUGCUUCGAGUAAAGCAUUUGAAGCAAAGGUACAAGCAGAGGAAGCUGUGGAACUUGCCGAGUCGAAAGGCCUAAACGUUACGAAAGCGAAGGAAGCUGCUGUGAGAGCAACACUCGCUGCUGAAGCUGCGGCCACGGCUGCAAGUAAUGUGGAAAUUAACGCUGCAAAUAUUUCUGCUUUCUCUAUUGAUUUUUUGGAGAGUGCGAACUUGUUGCUGUUUGAAGUUAGGGACGCAAAAGAUGUUGGUGAAGACGUGAGAAUCGUGGCGCAAAGGUGCACGGGUGAAGCGAACUUUGUUACGGUUGCUUCUCUAACCAAUGCACUGGAUAAUGUUACUUCUCUGUACUCCGUGUAUGGUAAAGGCACGGCUUCUUUGAGUAUGGAAAGUGUUGCCCUUUUGGAGGAGCUGAAGAUGUUGGAAGAUGGCUUGAAGAAGUCACAGGUUGCUGUUUCGGUGGCGGCUGACGCAGCAGACCAGUCGAAACUAUUGGUAGAUGCAGUUGAAGUAUCGGGCAAUACUGCCAAAGGGGCUGUCAAUAACCAUAAUACCGCAAAUAAUGAAAGCAACAAAGCAACAAGAAAUAAAGAUCAAGAUGAAGGUAGAACAGUCGGAAACAACGACAAGGAAUUUACUAUAACUUCUGAGGAUUAUACGAAGAAAAACCAAGGAGAAAACGGGGACCUGAGCUCGAUUACCCUUACAGAAGAUAGCGGAAGUUCUUUUAUCGCUAAAUAUCCCUUUCACCUGUGUACCAUAUUCACUUUCUAUACACUUCUAUGA